ACUUUCCUUCGCAGACCCAACUCAGACUCGCACCCACUUAAGACUAAAAGAAACACACUCUCUCUCUAAUCUUGACUUAAACCUCACUGCCAUCCAUUUCACAAACCCUAGAUUAUUUCCCUUCCCCCAAAAAUCUCCAUUUCUCUCUCUAUUACCUGAUUCAGUGACGGAGUUCGAAUGGCCGAUCCUCUGGAGAGGCUGGGAUCAGAGGCCGGAGGGAGCGAAUCGAACAUCAAGGACGAACUCUCCAUGGAGAUCGAUCCUCCUUUCAAAGAAAACACCGCCACCGCCGACGACUGGAGAAAGGCGCUCAGCAAGGUCGUCCCCGCCGUCGUCGUUCUGCGGACAACCGCCUGUCGUGCUUUUGACACUGAGGCCGCUGGUGCUAGCUAUGCCACCGGCUUCAUCGUCGAUAAGCGCCGCGGGAUCAUCCUCACCAAUCGACAUGUUGUCAAGCCUGGACCUGUAGUUGCAGAAGCUAUGUUUGUGAACCGUGAAGAAAUUCCAGUAUAUCCUAUAUACAGGGAUCCAGUCCAUGAUUUUGGCUUCUUUUGUUAUGAUCCUAGUGCAGUACAAUUUCUUAGUUAUGAGGAGAUUCCUCUGGCCCCUGAGGCUGCUUGUGUUGGACUAGAAAUCAGGGUUGUUGGUAAUGAUAGUGGUGAGAAGGUCUCAAUUUUGGCUGGUACUAUUGCUCGUUUGGAUAGAGAUGCUCCACAUUACAAAAAGGAUGGUUAUAAUGACUUCAAUACCUUCUACAUGCAAGCUGCAUCUGGUACUAAAGGUGGUUCCAGUGGAUCUCCUGUGAUUGAUUGGCUAGGCAGGGCGGUGGCCUUGAAUGCUGGUAGCAAGUCAUCAAGUGCUUCAGCUUUUUUCUUACCAUUAGAACGAGUUGUGAGGGCAUUGAACUAUCUCCAGAAAGGCAGAGAUUCCUUUGUCAAUAAAUGGGAGGCAGUCUCUAUACCUCGUGGUACGCUUCAGGUGACAUUUGUCCAUAAAGGGUUUGAUGAGACACGCCGGCUUGGUCUUCAAAGUGAAACAGAGCAGUUAGUUCGUCAUGCAUCUCCCGAGGGUGAAACUGGGAUGCUGGUUGUUGACUCUGUGGUUCCAGGUGGUCCGGCAUACAAGUGUUUGGAGCCAGGGGAUGUUCUUGUUUGCAUGAAUGGGAAAGUAAUUACCCAAUUCCUAAAAUUGGAGACUUUACUUGAUGACAGUGUCAAUCAAAAGAUUGAAUUACAGAUUGAAAGGGGUGGCACACAAUUAACUGUUAACUUGACGGUGCAAGAUUUACACUCAAUAACCCCUAAUUACUUCUUGGAAGUAAGUGGUGGAGUGAUUCAACCUCUAUCGUACCAACAGGCUAGAAAUUUUCGUUUCCCUUGUGGCCUUGUAUAUGUGACAGAACCAGGAUAUAUGCUCCUUAGAGCUGGAGUUCCUCGCCAUGCUAUCAUUAAGAAGUUUGCUGGUGAGGAAAUAUCGCGACUUGAGGAUCUAAUCUCAGUUCUAUGCAAGCUAUCUCGUGGUGCUCGAGUGCCAUUAGAGUAUAUAAGCUACAUGGAUCGUCAUCGAAGGAAGUCAGUCCUGGUCACGGUUGAUCGCCAUGAAUGGUAUGCGCCUCCACAGAUAUACACUCGUGAUGAUUGUACUGGUCUUUGGACUGCUAAGCCUGUGUUUCAACUUGAUGGUAAUCUACAAUCAUCUGGUAUCAAUGAACUCGGAGGUACAGGAAGCCAAGCAGUUCCGCUAAGUAGUGAAGUCACUUCCCUGGUAGACAUGCAGCAUAAUAGCCACGAGCAAUUGACUGAUGGUGUCACCAGUAUGGAAACCAGUUAUGAGCACGUAUCUGAAGGAGCACAUUGUAGGGAUGAACUGGAUGUUGAAACAAAGAAAAGGCGAGUGAAGGAGGGUUUUCCUUCUGAUGGAAAUGUUGUUGCUGACUGUUCUUUUCCUGAAGCAAAUGACAGUAAGCUGGAUGAUCCAAAUACUAUGGAGAAUGCUGUUCUGAGAGACUUUGAAGGUGCAAAUGUAGCAACUGCUAAUGCUUCAUUAGCUGAACGUGUUAUAGAGCCGACUCUCGUUAUGCUUGAGGUUCAUGUGCCACCUUCAUGUAUGCUUGAUGGUGUACAUUCACAACAUUUUUUCGGGACUGGUGUCAUCAUCUAUCAUUCUGAAAACAUGGGAUUGGUUGCUGUUGACAAGAACACAGUUGCAAUAGCUGCAUCUGAUGUGAUGCUUUCAUUUGCUGCUUUUCCAAUUGAAAUUCCUGGCGAGGUGGUUUUUCUCCACCCUGUUCACAAUUAUGCUCUCAUUUCGUAUGAUCCCUUGGCCCUGGGAGCUGUUGGUUCGUCUGCUGUUCGUGCUGCUGAACUACUUCCUGAGCCUGCAUUGCGUCGGGGGGAUUCUGUGUAUCUUGUGGGGUUAAGUAGAAGCCUACAAGCAACAUCUAGAAAGUCAAUUGUAACUAACCCGUGUGCUGCAUUAAAUAUUGGAUCUGCUGAUUGUCCACGGUACAGAGCAACCAAUAUGGAAGUCAUUGAGCUUGAUACUGAUUUUGGCAGUACAUUUUCUGGUGUACUAACUGAUGAGUAUGGAAGGGUUCAAGCCAUCUGGGGCAGCUUUUCAACUCAGCUAAAAUUUGGUGGCAGUAGCUCCGAAGAUCAUCAGUUUGUUAGAGGUCUCCCUAUUUAUUCAAUCAGUCAAGUCCUAGAAAAAAUUAUCUCUGGUGCUCAAGGCCCUCCUCUUCUCAUAAAUCGUGUCAAAAGGCCAAUGCCUCUUGUGAGAAUUUUAGAGGUUGAACUAUAUCCUACAUUGCUUUCAAAAGCCCGAAGCUUUGGACUGAGUGAUGACUGGGUCCAAGCUCUUGUUAAGAAAGAUCCGAUUAGACGACAAGUUUUACGUGUCAAAGGAUGUUUAGCUGGAUCUAAAGCAGAAAAUCUGUUAGAACAAGGAGACAUGGUUUUGGCGAUCAAUAAGGAGCCGGUUACAUGUUUCUCCGAUGUUGAAAAUGUCUGCCAAGCACUAGAUAAAAGUGAAAACAACGAUGGCCAGCUUGACAUGACCAUCUUUCGCCAGGGGCGCGAAAUCAAUCUUCUUGUGGGAACGGAUGUUAGGGAUGGAAGUGGUACUACUCGUGUAAUAAAUUGGUGUGGAUGUAUCGUUCAGGAUCCUCAUCCAGCAGUGCGUGCUCUUGGGUUUCUUCCAGAUGAAGGUCAUGGCGUAUAUGUCGCGAGGUGGUGUCAUGGUAGUCCAGUGCAUAGAUAUGGUCUAUAUGCUCUUCAGUGGAUUGUUGAAGUUAAUGGAAAAAAGACUCCUGAUUUAGAUGCUUUCGUGGAUGUAACAAAGGAAUUGGAACACGGACAGUUUGUUCGUGUGAGGACAGUCCAUCUAAAUGGGAAGCCGAGAGUUCUAACAUUGAAACAGGACUUGCACUACUGGCCCACAUGGGAGUUGAGAUUUGAUCCUGAUUCUGCCAUCUGGGGUCGAAAGACGAUAAAGGCGCUAGAUUAUACUAGUAUAUAAACAAGGCGCGUUCAUCUCGCAACGCCUCGGAAGCAGGCGGUAAACGCUUAGAAACGCCGAAGCCCCUCGAUACCAGUCGGGGCUUCGGGCCAUCAUACAUGGAGUCAUAUUCAGGCUGGCAGCUAUCUGCACUGUGCAUUGAAUUAUUCUCAGGGGUUCAUUAUAUUAUAUGUUAUAUUCUGGAACCAUAUUAUCUGUAGAUGCAAUGGGAAUUGUUAUAGAAAAGUUUGAGGUAUGGUCGUUUGGAUUUGUAUCCCUUCAAUUAACAAAAUGUGGAAUUGUUAGAUGAAGAAAAUAAAAAAAUAAACACAAAGUUGAUAUUUUAAUUUA